GCCACCGGAACUGAGGGCGGAAGCUGCUUAUGGAGCUGCAAGCCGGGCAAUCCGAAAGUUCCUAAUGCGGAGAGAAAUUUUAGAGGACCACAAUGUUUACCAAUUGGAGGAUUUUUGCAGUGAAUCAUCAGAAAAGAUUCAGUGUGCACAUUAAUACCAUGUGUUACUGUAAAAUAGCAAAUUCAAAAAGAUUAAAGACCCAGCUGCCUGUUACAAGAAACUACAGUUCCCUACCAGGAAUAGUAGGAAGUGAUGUCAAAUCUCUUCAUUCCAUCAUUAACCCUCCUGUGGCCAAAAUCCGUAAUAUUGGCAUUAUGGCUCAUAUUGAUGCAGGCAAAACGACCACCACAGAAAGGAUGUUGUACUAUUCUGGAUACACGAGAUCACUGGGAGAUGUGGAUGAUGGAGACACAGUGACGGAUUUCAUGGCUCAGGAGCGAGAAAGGGGCAUUACCAUCCAGUCAGCGGCUGUGACUCUUGAUUGGAAAGGGUACAGAAUCAAUCUGAUUGAUACCCCAGGUCAUGUAGACUUCACUCUGGAGGUUGAGCGCUGCCUGCGGGUGUUGGAGGGUGCGGUGGCCGUGUUUGACGCCUCUGCUGGUGUAGAGGCCCAGACUCUCACUGUAUGGAGGCAAGCUGACAAACACAAAAUACCCCGGAUCUGCUUUUUAAACAAGAUGGACAAGACUGGAGCAAGCUUUGACUAUGCAGUUGAAAGCAUCAAGGAGAAGCUGAAGGCAACGCCCCUGGUUUUACAGCUGCCAGUUGGUGAAGCCAGAACUUUCCAAGGAGUGGUGGAUAUAGUAAACAAAGAAAAACUUGUUUGGAAUUCUAACUCUGAUGAUGGAAAAGACUUUGAGAGAAAGCCGCUCUCAGAAGCGAGUGAUGCGGAAUUGCUCAAGGAGACGAUUGAAGCAAGGAACUCCUUAAUUGAACAAGUUGCAGAUUUAGAUGAUGAAUUUGCUGACUUGGUUUUAGGUGAAUUUAGUGAAAAUUUUGACUUAGUACCAGCUGAAAAGUUGCAGGCUGCAGUACGCAGAGUAACACUGGCUCAGGCUGCAGUGCCGGUGCUGUGUGGGAGUGCCUUGAAGAACAAGGGCGUGCAGCCCCUGCUGGACGCUGUGACCGCUUACCUGCCAUCACCUGAGGAGCGCCAGUACGAGUUUCUGCAGUGGUAUAAGGGUGACUUGUGUGCACUGGCAUUUAAAGUGCUACACGACAAACAGCGAGGACCCCUGGUUUUCCUGCGCAUUUACUCGGGUUCACUGACGCCCCAGCUGGCUAUCCAUAACAUUAAUAGAAACUGCACGGAAAGAAUGAGUCGUCUGCUUUUGCCAUUUGCUGACCAACAUGUAGAAAUUCCUUCUCUGACUGCUGGUAACAUUGCUUUGACAGUUGGGCUUAAACAAACCGCCACUGGAGACACCAUAGUCUCCUCCAAGUCCAGUGCACUGGCUGCCGCGCGCAGAGCCGGGCGGGAAGAAGGGAAGCACGGAAAGAAGGGUGACGCAGAGAGUCUGCUGUUGGCUGGGGUGGAGAUCCCAGAGCCUGUCUUCUUCUGCACCAUAGAGCCCCCAUCGGUGGCUAAGCAGCCAGAUUUGGAUCAUGCCUUGGACCGCCUUCAGCGUGAAGAUCCAAGUUUGAAAGUGAAACUCGAUCCUGACUCUGGACAAACUGUCCUGUGUGGCAUGGGGGAGUUACAUAUUGAGAUCAUCCAUGAUCGUAUCAAGAGGGAGUAUGGCCUAGAGACCUAUCUGGGGCCUCUGCAGGUGGCGUACCGGGAAACCAUCUUAAACUCAGUUCGUGCCACAGAUACCCUCGAUAGGAUGCUAGGAGACAAGCGGCAUUUCGUGAGAGCCGAGCUGGAACUCCAGCCAGCGGAAGAGCCGUGUGCUGUGGCCACGAUGGAGUACGCGGACUGUGUGGGUGAAGACCUGCUGCAGGCCUCUCGGGAAGCCAUUGAAAGUGCCGUCCACAGUGCAUGCCUCCAGGGGCCUCUGCUUGGAUCCCCAGUCCAGGACGUGGCAAUGACGUUACACUCACUGGAGAUUCACCCUGGCACCUCCACAACCAUGGUCACUGCCUGCAUCUCACGGUGUAUACAGAAGGCCCUGAAGAAAGCUGACAAGCAGGUGCUGGAACCUCUGAUGAGUCUUGAGGUCACAGUGAGUAGAGAGCACCUCAGCCCUGUCCUGGCAGAUUUGGCACAAAGAAGAGGGAACAUUCAGGAAAUUCAGAGUCGCCAAGACAACAAAGUUGUUAUAGGAUUUGUUCCUUUAGCAGAAAUUAUGGGGUACUCAACUGUGCUUCGAACCCUGACAUCGGGCUCAGCUACUUUUGCCUUAGAACUGUCUACUUAUCAAGCCAUGAGUCCUCAAGACCAAAGUGCCCUACUCAACCAGAGAAGUGGUUUGGCCCACGUGCAGUAGGUCCUUGGAAACAGGAAAGCUGGGGCACUGGCCUGCUCUGUUCUCAGUAAGAAUGCUGCUCUGUUAACUGGCUGGUGAAUGGCUGCUUCGGCCUGACAAGACAUGGCAGAAUGGCCUUGGAGCUGCUGUUCCCAUUCUGUUGAGCGAACUCUGCUAUCAAUGCACCACAGCUGGGCCCUGGCCUGGGCAGCUUAGAAAAGGGUUUCUUGUCAGCCGGACUGUGGUGGUGCACAUCUUUAAUCCCAGCACUUGGGAGGCAGAGGCAGGCAGAUUUCUGAGUUCGAGACCAGCCUGGUCUUCAGAGUGAGUUCCAGGACAGCCAGGGCUACAGAGAGAAACCUUGUCUUGGAAAAGAAAGAAAAAGAAAGGGUUUCUUUUCUCAGCAGGAAGCUGAGAAAGCCCUUCUUUAACCUCAAGCACAACGCAGAGUGUAGACUAGCUGAGGCCCCGGCAAUGGGCUCUGGAAGUCCACCUAGUGAUGACCUUCCUCAGGCACGGCUACACGGCCUAGACCUCCCCAAACAGCACCCUCCCUGGGAACAAGAGUCCAGAAUCCAGGGCCUGUGGGGAACAUACCUUGUCUAAACAUUUUUUUUUCCUUUUUUUUUCCUUCUUCACUUUGAGUGUUUUGCCUACUUGUAUGCCGGAUAGCUGUGGAGGUCAGAAAUAGAUGUUACAUCCCUCUAGAACUGGAAUUAUGGUGUGGUUAUGAAGAGCCAGGAACUGAACUCGGGGCCUCUGCAAGAGUAGCAAGUGCUCGUAAACACUUGGGCCUUCUUUCUAGUCCAACGUUCUCAUUUAAACCAUUGCAGGGAUGAAGAUAUCCACGCAGUGCAGUCCUCUGGAGUACUGAGUGCUGGUGCAAAGCUUUUCCUUUUAUUUUUUUUAAGCUGCUCACAUAAAAGAUGUCAGUAUUCAGCAUUUGAUUCAGGUAUAGAAAGAUUUAGUCAAUAAAAAGAUGGUUUAUUUAAAAAACUGCCUAACAAAUCUUAAUUUACAUGAUUUCAGAAUCAACAUGAUUGUAGCUGGAAUGCUGUAGACUUCUGUCACUUUUCCAUUUUAUUCUCAUAGUUACAAUAUCCAGUAAAGAGAGGCUGUGCAGCUAUUCCACGGCUGUAGACAGACAUCAUAGAGAGGUGUUUUAGAUCCUGGCCUCCCAUCUCAUGGCACUUAGCAAUUCCCCCCACCUUUUGCAAUGAUCUAACAUUCUAAUUUAAGCUAUUAACCCCUUUAAGAUGGCAGUUAUACUAAAAUAUAUCUUACAGGGGCUAGUUACACUGAGGGCUGGGCUUCAGUAAGAGGCCCUGAAUCAGGAAGGAAGUGUCUCACCUGACCAUUCUGCAGCGGUGCACUGCCAGUCGUCGGUAGGCAUUUCCUAGGUCAGUGAUAGUUUGAGGGCUCCAGAGUCUCUCACCGACAGCGCUUGCCCGAGGCCUGAAAUUUAAAAUAUGUGGCUCCCAAAGCAGUUUAGAUUUCUUUUUCCUUAAGUCACCCACAUGAGGAGAUCCUUAAGAGCUUUCCUGCCUCAUGGAGGAUAAAAGCCAAGACGCCCUUCACGCCAGCCGGCCCUCAGUUCCUUACCACAAUCUUGGAAUAAGGUUAGUUGCAUCCACAUAUUCUCCCCAUAGGCAAGCCUCUCCACCCAUAACAAGUUGUUUCUGCUUCUCAGAACCUGUAUUACAAUGGUUAAGGGAGAGGGGUUAAGCUGUACAACCCUGGUUUCCUUUGUAGUCACCCUACGGUACUGCCCCGCCCCCUCCUGAGGGCUCCCUGGCUCAGUGCUAUUCCACAAGAUAGACAGAGGGGGUGGGCUUAGGGUAGAAGUGCUCUUCCUAGGCUCCUGCGCUCAACCCUUCCCGCAUUUCCUGUUAGUGCUGUGCCAGGAAAUACAAGUUGGAAUAAUAGCUUCAUUUUAAUGGGCUUAUCCCUAUACUUAUCUUUGAUUUAUAGUACUUGGUAUUUCAUAACAAAAAACAAUAUCUAAGAAUUACUUUUUUUAAAUUAUGUUUUGAUCCUCAAAAUGCUUUCUAGAGAAAGUCAUAGGUUCUAGUGGAUCGAUAUUUUUAAAACUUUUAAUCAUAUAAUAAUGUUCUAAAGACUGAAAUACAAAAGCUAUGUAAGAUAGAAUUGCUAAUAUAGGGACCAGAAACCGUACUUUGGUGUUACGUGCAACACGGUUGUCUUUCAGAGUUAACGCCCUCAGACAUCUAAGAUAGGAGAGCAGCUCCAUGAACAAGGAGGCAGAGCCAAGGGGCUGCUUAUGUAUGUAGUCAUUCAGACCACACACUGUUCCUUUCAGAAUUUCAGAUAAUAAUACCAACAUUUCAUUUUAAAUAAAAUCAAAGAACAUA